AAAAAAAAAAAAAAAAAAACAAAAAAAAAAAAAAAAAAAAGAACAGACGGUUCUUCAUCUAUUAUUUGUUUAGGUGUCAAAGGAGAAGUUUAAUGACACCGAGGCUUCAAAAGUGAGCGGACGGGAAGCUAAAGCGCGAGCAGCAACAGAAGAAGAAGAAAUAGGAGGACCGCUAGCGAGUGACCCCAGCUAGCCGCAGCUUGACCACAUACUGCUGUUUAGCUAAGGACCGUUGACCUCUGAGAGUCGGAGGACCUAGCAGAGAGCCCGCACGGCAGCUUCUGCCCAUCAUGGCGACUGAUAUGGUCUUACUCAUGCGAGGCUUGGCCAAGCUGAGCCAGGCAAUCGUAGAGACUCAGAGCAACACCUUACGCAACGGGACAGGAGCUGCAGGAGUUGGUGCUGCUGUUGAAAGUGUCCAAACAGCUGCAGAGCAAGGCUUGUCUGCAGCCAUGAUGAAAAUGCAGGAGCUGUCCGGUCAAGAACAAACCACCUCAUCAGAGUCAGAGUUUGACUUUCCUCAGAAUGAUCUGCUGUUCACCGAGUCGGAGUUCAGAGAAGGAGGCACAAACUUCACCUCAGAUCGCUCAGGAAGCAGCGCUAAUGCUGCAGCAGGGACAAACCAUGUCGGUGGAAAACAGUCCGUGUUUGAGGGAUACAAAGAUCCGAGUAAACAGUUUAGCGGUCACACCAGGUCGUAUCACCAGGAUGCCAGGCCUUUUCUUGGACAACGUCAGCUCUACAGCCACAGCCUGAGCAGGCAUGUGUUGCAGGAGAUAAAUGGUCAGCAUCCAGUGAGUCAUUUCAGGAGCUACCAUCAGGAUCAGUCCUCAGUGGGCGGCCUGACAGCCGAAGACAUUGAGAAAACCAGUCAGGGCAAGAGGGGCGACAUAAAACCGCACAAACAGAUGUUAAGUGAAAGAGCCAGAGAGAGGAAGGUGCCGGUGACUCGGCUCAGCAGACUGGCUAACUUUGGAGGUUUGGCGGUAGGUUUGGGUAUCGGAGCUUUAGCAGAAGUCGCCAAAAAGACCAUCGGCAUCAACGGGGCCGCAGGUGAAAAUAAGAAUGCGGUUCUGGACUCGAGCCCGUUUCUGUCGGAGGCCAACGCCGAGCGCAUCGUCAGAACUCUGUGCAAAGUCCGAGGAGCCGCGCUGAAGCUGGGACAGAUGCUCAGCAUUCAGGAUGAUGCAUUUAUCAAUCCUCAGCUUGCCAAGAUCUUUGAGCGUGUGAGGCAGAGUGCGGACUUCAUGCCGCUCAAACAAAUGACGAAGGCGUUGAACAGCGACCUGGGUCCGAACUGGAGAGACAAGCUGGAGUCGUUCGAGGAGCGUCCUUUUGCAGCGGCGUCCAUCGGCCAAGUUCACCUGGCGAGGAUGAAGGACGGCAGGGAGGUGGCCAUGAAAAUACAGUAUCCCGGUGUGGCUCAGAGCAUCAACAGCGACGUCAACAACUUGAUGGCGGUGCUGAACAUGAGCAACGCUCUGCCUGAAGGUCUUUUUCCUGAGCAUCUGAUCGAUGUAAUGAGGAAAGAGCUGGCACUGGAGUGCGACUACAUCCGAGAAGCCCAGUGCGCUAAAAAGUUCAGGGAGCUGUUGAAGCACGAUCUGUUCUUCUACGUCCCGGAGGUGAUUGAGGAGCUGAGCGGCAGCCACGUUCUGACCACUGAACUUGUUCCUGGGUUUCCUCUGGACAAGGCUGAGAACCUCUCACAGGAGCUGAAGAACGAGAUCUGCAAGAGCAUCUUGUCGCUGUGCCUCAGAGAGCUGUUUGAGUUCAGGUACAUGCAGACGGAUCCCAACUGGUCCAACUUCUUCUACGACCCGCAGACCCACCGGGUGGCGCUGUUGGACUUUGGAGCUACCAGAGGAUUCGAUCAGAGUUUCACCGAUGUCUACGUAGAGGUAAUCCGAUCAGCUUCUGAGGGCAACAGAGAAGGAGUCCUGAAGAAAUCUAUCGAGAUGAAGUUCCUCUCAGGUUACGAGUCCAAGGUGAUGGUGAACGCUCACGUGGAUGCGGUGAUGAUCCUCGGCGAGGCCUUUGCGUCCACGGAGACCUUCGACUUCGGAUCUCAGUCCACCACCGAGAGGAUCCACAACCUGAUCCCGGUGAUGCUCAAACACCGGCUCACCCCUCCUCCAGAGGAGACGUACUCGCUGCAUCGCAAGAUGGGCGGCUCGUUCCUCAUCUGCUCCCGGCUGAAGGCGAAGCUGCAGUGCAAGGAAAUGUUCCAGCAGUCGUACCAGAAGUACUGGGAAGGCCGCACUCUGCCACCUCACUGAGCCGGGCUGCGGCGGGCAGGUUGUUGGACUUGUUCUGGGGCCAGCAGCAAAGUGCUGAUUGAUGGGUUGAUGGGAGUGGUUUGGAGUGAGAAGAUGAAGUUCUGUCACACCUGUCUUUGAUCAGAGAACCAGUGUUUUUACUAGUUUGGAAAUCAAACUAGGAAGAUUUGAAAAGCCAUCCAUCCAUUUUCUUUAUCCACUUCUCCUUUCUGGGUUGCGGGGGACUGUUGCCCAUCUCCAGCAGUCACUGUGCGAGAGGCGGAGGACACCCUGGACAAGUCCAUCAAAGGGACACAUAGAGACAGACAGCCAUUCACACUGAGGGUUAGAAUAAUAGUUGUUUUGGUCUGUGGGAGGACACCGGAGUAAACCAUCCUGUCCACAAGGAGAACGUGUAAACUUCACCCAGAGAAGCCAUCAAACUAAUUCAAAGAAACAUUUGAUCAUUUGCUAGAAGGAGAGGAUCGUGGUGUCUGCAGAUUUUUAGCUGAAUGUGUAUGGUCGGCCCCGAACGGAGAACAAGAAUGUGAAAAGUUUGGACUUUUAGCUCUUCUCCUGAUAGCUUCUACAUAAAUCUUGGAUCUUCUGUUUGCCGUCGUUUUGUUUUUGUAUUGCUGUGCUUUUCUGAACUUUUAGAUAACAAGGUCCAGUUUUAUAUUUACCACAAUCUUUUUUUUUUUUUUUGCUAAGAAUGCAACACUGAUUGUAACCGGAGACCUGACCUCAAACUACCAAACCAGAAGUCUCAGCCUGAUGAAGUUUGAUGGACUCCGUGGACUUUGAGUCUCAGUUUUGACCAACGUGUCUGUGUCAUGAAUACGUCGGCUCCUUUUCAGGACGCUUGGUUAAAAUGGUCUGCAUAUGCAUAAUAAAGCUGAUUGAAUAGUUUAGUGCGGAUUUAGCGUUGAAGUUGUCGACAGGUGCUUUGGCUUGAUCACAGGUGUUCGUCAGUCUUUACGCAGAAGAUCUGACUCAGGUUGUGUAUUUAUAGCACAUACAGAAACUUUGUCCCAGCAUCACCGUCCAGAUCACACUUCAGCUGCUGUGCUUACCUUUUAGCUUUUUUUUUUUUUUUUAAUUUUUUUUUUUUUCCGG